CCACAGGACAACAUGGCUGACAUCAAGGACCCCAGCCCGGCCGAGGAGGCGGCCGCCCGCGCCCGGGAAGCCGAGGAGCAGGCCGCCCUGCCGUACAAGUGGCAGCAGACCAUUGCCGACGUCGACGUCACCUUCCACGUCCCCGGCAACAUGAAGUCGCGCGACCUCGUCGUCGAGAUCAAGAAGCAGACCCUCUCGGCCGGCGUCAGGGGCCAGGACCCCAUCAUCAAGGGCGACCUCCCCCACGCCGUCCUCGUCGACGACUCCACGUGGACGCUCUCGACCAACAGCGACGACACCAAGACGGUCGAGAUCCACCUCGACAAGGCCAACAAGAUGGAGUGGUGGCCGCACGUGGUCACGUCGGCGCCCAAGAUCGACGUCACCAAGAUCCAGCCCGACAGCUCCAAGCUCAGCGACCUGGACGGCGAGACGCGCGGCAUGGUGGAGAAGAUGAUGUUUGAUCAGCGUCAGAAGGAGGCUGGCCUGCCCACGUCGGACGAACAGAAGAAGAUGGACAUUUUGAAAAAGUUCCAGUCACAGCACCCCGAGAUGGACUUUUCCAAGGCCAAGAUUAACUAGGCAGUAUAAUUACACACUUUUUGGGACGUGCCAGCACCCUCUCGAUCCUCAUCUUGACUCGAGGGCCAGCGCGGCGCGUUCCAGCAAGGCGUUGAACUCUCUCACUUGGCGCAGCAUGCCGCCCGCGGCGCUGGCCGAGCUGGCUUCGUCGACGACCCGCGCGAGGAGGACGUCUAGAUUGCCUAGGUCGGCUGCCUUUUGCGCUGCGCGCGACAGCUCCGGCGCCCCUUGCCCCUG